ACACUACAGCAGAGCCACUUUGAAUGCCUCAGCUGCCAUCCAGUCUGUUUUGUACCACCAUCAUUUAUUGGACUUGCAUAAUGGCUACUUUUUAGUUAGUCGACUCGCAAAGCACCUCUGUUCGACUUCAUGGGAAAACAUCAUGGGCUCAACAACAACUGCUCUGCAACAAGAAUCUGAACACAAAGCUGGGCCUGCAGUGGUGAAACUACAGACGAUCUGGGUAGCUGCUGGUUUUGACAGCGGUGGGGGAGCUGGUGAGAAACGCGGAUGGAUCGGCGGACCACAGCUUGCUGUUGCAGCGGCUGAAGUGGGGACGAGCACACCAGCCGACCACGGUCCCUCCAGCAGACACUCAUCAUUUUCAGCAGCACCAACACACAUUCUUUGACGGGAAAGGAAACAGCAGCCAGUUUGCUGAAAACGGUUUGAGAAGAUCAUCAGAAGAAAGAGUGGCUGACAUUUAAUCCUAAUUGACUGGAUUAUUUUCCACAGUGUCAAGCCUGACUCUACUGUUGAACCUGGAGAAAAGAUCAUCAUUGUGAUCCUGUAUCACCCUGAACAUGGACAGAAACAGGAAGUGGAUGCCAGACUUCGGAGCUGUUCUAUUGAUACUCCUGAGUCACAUGACUUCAGCGCUUGAAGUGCCUCUUGAUCCUAAAGUACUGGAAGGAUUGCCUCAACCCCCUACUAUAACACUGCAGUCCCAAAAGGAUUACAUAUUUGAUCCACGGGAGAACAUUGUUAUCCACUGUGAGGCCAAGGGGAAGCCUCAGCCCAGUUUUUCAUGGACGAGAAAUGGGACCCACUUCGAUGUGGAGAAAGAUUCCAAAGUCCUAAUGAGGCCUGGUUCAGGAACUCUGGUCAUCGACAUCAGUGGGGAAAAAGCUGAGGCUUAUGAGGGAACGUACCAGUGUACAGCUCACAAUGAGCAUGGCACAGCUCUGUCCAAUAACAUUGUCAUCAGACAGUCCAGGUCCCCCUUAUGGUCAAAGGAGAGAAAUGAAGCCGUUGUGGUGCAGAAGGGGGUCCCCCUUGUACUGCAGUGCAGACCCCCUGCUGGGCUGCCCCCUCCUGUCAUCUUCUGGAUGGAUAACAAUUUUCAGAGGUUGCCGCUGGAUCAACGAGUGUCCCAGGCCCUAAAUGGAGACUUGUACUUUACCAAUGUUCUCCCAACUGACACUAGGAACGACUAUAUUUGCUACGCUCGCUUCCCCCAUACGCAAACCAUCCAGCAGAAGCAGCCUAUCUCAGUCACUGUGCUGGACAACAGCCCAGAAGGAGAGCGUCGCCCCGGUUUCAUGUGGCCUCUUGGCAGCACCAGCACCAAAAUGGUUCUGAGAGGAGAGACUCUGGAGCUGGAAUGCAUCGCCGAGGGACUGCCCACUCCAGACAUCUCCUGGCAGAAGGAUGGAGGUGAGCUGCCGAACAACAGGAUGUCUUUCCACAACUUCAAGAAAACACUGAAGAUUUCUGAUGUAAAUGAAGCUGAUGCUGGCGACUACCGCUGCACUGCUGCCAACAAGCUGGGCACUGCGCACCACAUCAUCAAGGUCGUCGUCAAAGCGGCUCCUUUCUGGGUCAGCGCUCCCAGGAACCUGAUCCUUGCUCCAAAUGAGACCGGUAUCUUAACUUGUCGUGUUAAUGGAGAACCCAAACCAAACAUUCACUGGUUUGUUAACGGUGUUCCCAUAGAGAAUGCUCCUGAGGACUACAGCCGCAAAGUGGAAGACGACACUGUGAUUCUCAGCAGCGUGCCGUCAGGGUCCAGUGCCGUGUACCAAUGUAAUGCAUCCAAUGAGUUUGGCUACCUGAUGGCUAACGCUUUUGUCAGCGUUCUCGCGGAGCCACCGAGAGUGCUCACUCCCCCCAACCAGGUGUACCAGGUCAUCACUAAUAACCAUGCUUUGCUUCACUGUGCCUCCUUUGGUUCACCAAUCCCAACCAUCACGUGGUUCAAAGACAGACAGAUCAGUAUUAGAAGUGGUGACCCAUAUGUGAUCCAUGAGAAUGGAUCACUGGAGAUCAAUGUGGCCCAGCCUGUAAAUAGUGGAAUGUACACCUGCAUUGCCACCAACAACCUGGGGAUCAAAGAGAAUCACGUUUACCUGGAAGUUAAAGAGCCCACCCGUAUCCUGACACAGCCGGAGUAUAAGGUGGUGCAGAGAGGAAUGAGUGCUGUGUUUGAGUGCAAAGUCAAACAUGACCCUUCCCUUAUUCCCACCAUGACAUGGCUGAAAGACAAAGGAGAACUGCCGGAUGAUGAAAGGUUUGAGGUGGACACGGACAGUCUGACCAUCAGAGACGUGACAGAUGAUGAUGAGGGCACCUACACCUGCAUCAUGAACACCACUCUGGACCGGGAUUCAGCCAGUGCCAUGCUCACUGUUGUUGAGGCAACUCCUACUCCAGCAAUUGUCUACGAGAAACCUGACCCACCGACCGACCUGGAGCUCACUGAUCAGACGGAGAGGAGUGUUCAGCUCACCUGGAUUCCUGGAGAUGAACACAACAGCCAGACACAGAAUUUUUUGAUUCAGUAUGAAGAUCUGCUCCAUCAGCCAGGAGUUUGGAUCAAUCUGACAGAAGUUGCUGGUACCAGCACCACAGCCCAGCUGCAGCUCUCUCCGUACGUGUACUAUUCUUUCAGAGUGCUGGCACAGAAUGACGUUGGCUACAGCGAGCCCAGUGUCCCUUCAAGUCAAUACAGGACUAACCCUGCAGCUCCAGAUGUAAAUCCGUCAGAUGUUAAAGGAGUAGGAACCGAGCCCAACAACUUGGUCAUCUCCUGGACACCUCUGACAGGAUUCCAGUCUAAUGGUCCCGGUCUGGAGUACAAAGUGUUGUGGAGACAGAAGGAUGUGGAAAAGGACUGGUCAUCAAAAAAUGUAGUCAAUGAUUCUCAGUUAGUCAUUUCUGAAACUCAAACAUAUGUUCCCUAUGAAGUUAAAGUUCAGGCUUUUAAUGAUUAUGGCAACGGCCCAGAUCCUGAAGUAGUGAUUGGCUACUCUGGAGAAGAUGUGCCUUUGUCUGCUCCUGAUAGUGUGCAGGUCAUGGUUCAUAACAGCACACUGGCAGAAGUACACUGGCAGCCUGUAUCUUUUGACUCUGUCCAGGGGAAGCUACAAGGAUACAAGGUCUACUACCACCAGCAGCGUAGCUUGCAUGCAACAGAGGAGGAUGCAAAUCAGCAGGAGCAAGUUUUAACUUUCAGUGGGAACCGAAGCGAGGGGCGGCUGCCAGGCCUUCAACCUUACAGUCUCUACAGCCUUUUCAUCAAGGUCUUUAAUAACAAAGGAGAGGGGCCUGCUAGCCUCACCAAGACAUUUGAGACACCUGAGGGAGUUCCAGGCCCUCCUUCUUUUCUUAAUGUCCUCAGCCCUGGUUUGGAUUCUCUCACUCUGGAAUGGGGCCCACCAACCAACAACAAUGGGCGCCUUGCAGGGUACACACUCAAAUACCAACCAGUCAAUAACACCAACGAACUGGGACCACUUAAGGAAAUCAACUUUCUAGCCAACAAGACCACCAUUACCCUGAGCAGCCUGAACGCCAGCAUGCUCUACAAGUUUUACUUGAAUGCAAAAACUAUCAAGGGUCCUGGCCCCAUCAUCACAGAAGAGGCCUCCACAGCUAUGGACACAACACAUAUUCAGCCCACUAUAAAGACAGGCAAAGGCCCCACAGAGCCCCCACACCCAACUUCCCCCAUCACUCAGUCUCUGCAUCCCCCGUUUCACAAGGCGCCCCCUGUUGGCCCUGCAUUUGGCACAGUUAACACGUCUGUAUCAGAGGAAGGUGCAGUGAUCAGUUGGGAAUACUUUGGACACCAUAAGAAUGUUUUUGUGGAAUAUAUGGUAGAAAACAGUGAUGAGAACUGGAAAACGGAGUUGGUAAACGGUACACACUCUCAUACAAUAAACGGUUUAAAGCCAGGGAUGUCCUAUCGGGUACGUGUUAUAGCUAGAGAUGGAGCUGACGGGAACGUCCACAGCACAAGUGAAGUGUUGGUUACAGUGCCAGCUGUACCCAACCGGCAGGUAGACAUCGCCACCCAGGGCUGGUUCAUUGGACUGAUGUGUGCCAUUGCUCUCCUCAUUUUGGUGCUUCUUAUAGUCUGCUUCAUCAAGAGAAACAAGGGUGGCAAGUAUCCAGUGAAGGAGAAAGAAGAUGCUCACCAUGACCCAGAGAUCCAGCCUAUGAAGGAGGAUGAUGGGACAUUUGGAGAGUACAGGUCAAUGGAGAGUGACACCGAGGACCACAAGCCGCUGAAGGGCAGCCGGACACCGUCCAAUGGGACGGUACGCCGUGACGAGAGCGACGAUAGCUUGGUGGACUAUGGGGAGGGCGGGGACGGACAGUUCAAUGAGGACGGCUCCUUCAUCGGUCAAUACAGCGGCAAGAAAGAGAAAGACACGCAUGAAGGCAAUGAGAGUUCAGAAGCCCCGUCGCCUGUCAAUGCCAUGAACUCAUUUGUCUAACGAAGGGCCGCGGUCUGGCUACAGCAGUUGCUACAGCCACCCCUUGUCACCUUGACAAAUGUGGCCAUCUCUGUGGUGACAGUUGCUAAGGUGACAAGUUGUGAACACCUACUUUUACCCUGCGGUGGCUGUCACUCUGACGGCUAAGGCUACCUGUCACAAAGACUGCUGAUAUGUCCUCAUCGCCACACCCGUCAGCCCCAGUCACACUGUGACCUCCCGAUAAACACACACUCAACAAUCCCCCACAACCAUUGAAAGAAGGUGUGAAUUGAGGGAUGAUAGGAGGAAAGGAGAGGGCGAGCAAUACAGAAAGCAGAUGGAAUGUACCAGAAGGGGUUUUACCACACAGACUGAGCAUGAGUGUGACCAAGUGUGUGUGUGUUAGUGAUAUUUGAUCUCCUUUGCAAACAUACAAAAUAUGGCGUAUCCAAAUAUAUAUAUUUUAUGAAAGUAUGAUUAAUGACCCGCAGGCAGGCAAAUAUGCAUUGAGUCACAUUCAUGAGCAUCUGCAUGAGUAAAUCAUGACUCUAUUAAGCAUUUUACCACCCUUGUCAGUUGUUGCAGAGGUAAGCUGUGUCUUAAAACUGUAUUUGGUGCACGAGCCGCUGAGAAUGCCUGUUUAUUUUUUUGUUUUCAGAAAGUCUUGGAUGGUGUUUUAUAUAUAGUGGCAAAAAUGGCAGCAGGUUGUUUGUUGACACAGCUAUAAAAUGUGAUUCAAAAUAGAAGCUAGUUGGUGUUUCUGGUUUCUUUUUUUUUCCAAUACAAUGGGACGGCUUGUACAUAUGUAAUAAAAUGAGAAGGACGCUAUAUUUCCAGGUCAGGUAUGUCUGUUUUUAGUGCCUGGAAUCCUAUCAAGACAUGAACUCAGCACCACACCAACCAGCCCACCAGAAGUCCCACACUUAAAUUCAAUCAACCUGUUUGUAGCCUCAUGUUUUCUCAAGCUUGUUUUAUGCUUGCAUUUCUUUCACAUUGUGUUUCUUUGCAUCGGACUCUCAAAAGGAGGCGUGAUCGAUCCAAUGUCACUGUGCAGACUUCGUCAUAAGUAGCCCAACAU